UACUAGUCAGUGGUAGUAUAGUCAUAGCAGCAUGCGCGGCGCGUCAGUGUUGAUGCUGGUGCAGUGUGCAGGCGUGCUCCUGCUGCUCCUGCGCCCGCCAACGACUACCGCGAAUAAACUUCAACAACAACCUCCACAAAAAUCACCAAAUCCGCAUCUACAACAAAAGAAAUUAUUUAAAAACGACGGCAAGUGGAUGCAAACGCACGACAUCAUAGUGCAAACAAUUUGCGAGGCGAGAUGUUGGAAAAAUAUUCAACAAAAUCACUGCAUGAAAACAUGUUUUUCAAAAAAUUGGGAGAAGCCUGGUUCCUGUCCGAAGUUGAUUCAAAUCAACGACCACUCCAAUAGUAAUCAUACGACCAACUCACCAGCGCCAUUUUAUUUACCAUGUUUGAAAGAAUGUAGGAAAGAUUCGGACUGUUCCGGAAUACAAAAGUGUUGUAAGCAUCAUUGCGGAAGCACCUGCCAACCUGCACAAAGCCUACAAAAUGUUUCAGGUUUACUGGCAAUUCCAUCUGAUAUACAUAUAAAACAACGAAAGAAAAAAUCUCUGUACAUAAAAUGGAAACCUUCGUCACUUUUCAACAACCAGGCAAUAUUUUACAUCCUGGAACAACGCCAACAGCAUGGACAGUUCGACACUGACCUGCUGAACUUGGCAGAAUGGUCAACCUACCUACGCACAGGCAAGAGUUCUGUUUUAUUACGAAAUUUUGUUCGCCCUGGACGUUGGUAUCAGUUUCGUGUUGCUUCUGUUAAUGAAAAUGGAACACAAGGCUUUUCACAACCUAUUACUUACAAUGCACAAAUUGAGCCAAGGCCACCUAAAGCACCAAAUGUGACUGUUGGUCCAUUACAACAACAAAAUGGCACCCUUUGUGUUGAGUUACAAUGGAUUAAGCCACAAUCAGAUGCCCCAGUAAUUAAAUAUAAAGUUUUCUGGAGUAAACGGUUAUUUGGUGUAAGUGCUUUGGAUUCAGUAUUAGUUUUGCAACAUUCAGUACUUGGGGAUGUAAAUAAAUAUGUAAUACAAGACCUUGAACCCAAUUCAAUGUAUUUCAUUCAAGUACAAGCAAUCACACAAUUUGGGCAAGACAUAUUAAGAGGUGAAAAGUCAGGUUAUGUACUCAACACCACAAAUUAUACUAAUAUAACGCAUCCAAAUAUUGUAAAUACAACACACGUAGCACUAUUUAAAAUAGACAACCUACAAUUGCACAAGUUGUAUUGGUCCAAGGACGAAAAUGAUCUCAAAGCACGAUUUACUUGGAAACCAAACGGUCGCAGCGUUCGCUACAAUAUCACUUGGUGGGGGACGUGUAAAAACAACAAAACGCCCCAACCUAAAUUAACAGCAACUACACGGCAUUCACAUUUUGAUGUGUACGAUCUUCAUUUUGACUGCCGUUACAAAGUUAACGUGAAAGAAACGCAUCAUACGCGCCGCUCUAGGGAAAAGAAUGUUCAAAAACGCGCAUUCUGCGAUACGUCUGUGACAUUCACGACGCCAUCUUGUAAGGAUCUACAGGCGCGCUACAAAAGACUCAAGUGCAAACAUCGAAAAUGAAAUUUAACGUUUUGUAAUUAGUAUUUUAAUCAUAUAAUGGCGAAAUUACGUUAAUUCACGUAAAUUAUCAAAUAGUUAGUGUGUAAAUUAAGAAAUAAUUUUUGUUUGUAUUGUAAUUAUUUAUUGUUCUAAUAAAACGUUUUUAAUUAUUUAGCAGAA